UCACUGUCAAUCCGCAUGUUUAUUUGGUGUAGGGACCUUUCAAACUAUUGGAUCAGAAACCCACGUGUUUAUUUAGUUUAAACUUUAAAUGAGGUUUUAAAAUAUAAAGUUCUAAAAUGAAAGUAUUAUCAGAAGAUAGAACAAGGAAACUAUUUGAGAAGUUAACAAAGUAUAUAGGAGUCAACGUCAAACUUCUAAUAGACAGACCAGAUGGCACAUAUUGCUUUAGAGAAAAGAAGGACAGAGUGUAUUACAUAUCAGAGAGGUUGCUACAACUAGCGCAGACUGUUAAACCUGAUCACCUUGUGUCUGCGGGGACUUGCUUUGGCAAGUUUACAAAGACUAACAAAUUCAGGUUACACAUCACAGCCUUAACGUACAUAGCACCAUAUGCACCGUUCAAAAUAUGGGUGAAGUCAUCAGCAGAACAGCAGUUUUUAUAUGGACACCAUGUUAUCAAAAGUGGACUCGGCAGAAUAACUGAAAACACACCGAAAUAUCAAGGUGUUGUUAUAAACACGAUGUCAGAUAUACCCAUUGGCUUUGGCGUCGUUUCACGAUCUACCACCGAAUGCAGGCACGCUGAUCCACUAGCUACCAUCGCAUUCCACCAGGCGGAUAUAGGGGAAUACAUCCGAUCCGAGGAUACAUUGGUUUAGGAUAGACUGAGGAGGAUACGUCGAUUUAAAAUUAUAUACUUAAGACUUAUAAGUGUUGUUUAAUUAAAAAUUUGCCAGUA